UGUUUGUUUUUGGGCUGCGCACUCGUGUGAUGGAGUCAAGUUGGAAAAGUCCAUUUGCAACACCGGCCGACGUGGCGUCUCCAACGACCGCGUUCGUCCAAAUGGACGAAGACCCCAUUCAAGUCGUCCACGCGGCUGCUGUGAUUCCGACCGCAUCCGCGAAUAUCCAAGGGCAAGGAAUUUUUGCCGAAGAAGAUUCAAAUGACUUGGACAAGACGGACGCCGUCCCGACCAAGGAACGAACGCUCGAAGUCAAAGCCCCAAGCCACGCCAUCUCGUACCGACCUGACAUCGACGGCCUCCGCGCCGUCGCGGUCGUUCCCGUCGUCCUUUUCCACGCAUACCCCCACCUCCUCCCCGGCGGUUUCGUCGGCGUCGACGUCUUCUUUGUAAUUUCUGGGUUCCUCAUCUCGGCAAUUCUAUUCAAGGAAGGCAAGAAAGGAGCGUUCACAUACGCCAACUUUUACUCGCGCCGCAUUCGACGCAUCUUCCCCGCACUGCUCGUGGUGGCGGCGUUGACGCUUGUGGUCGGAUGCUGCUGGCUGCUCAAGACGCCGCUCCGAACCCUCGCGGCAACGUUGAUUGCCAGCACAUUGUUUGGGGCCAACCUCCAGCUUCUCACGGUGAACGAAGGGUACUUUGACGCCAGCGUCAAGGAGAAUCCAUUGCUGCACUUGUGGUCCCUUGGAGUCGAAGAGCAGUUUUACAUUGUGUGGCCAUUCCUCGUGUCGGUCUUAUUGCGCUUGCCCCUCCGACGGGCAGUGCUUGUCCAAGUCGCGUUCAUCGUGGCGAGCUUCGUCUGCAACGUGCUCCUCCUCGGCGCCGGGGGCACGAACAAGUAUGCAUUUUACUUUCCCCUGAGCCGCUUCUGGCAAAUGGCAAUGGGAGGACUGCUUGCCUACGACGUCGCACAUGCCAAGGCUGUCGCGUCGAUUGUCGACGGCAAAGCUGCAGGGGCGGCCGCGCUCUCGUUCAGCUCGCUCGCGCUCAUUGCAAUUGCCUAUGCCGUCACAGACGAGGCGGAUGCGUUCCCGGGGUUUUGGGCGCUGAUGCCCACAAUUGGAGCGGUCGGGAUCAUUGCUGCCGGAAAAGAUAACCCCCUGAACCGGCAUUUCUUGGGUAACUCUGUCAUGACCUUUAUCGGGAACAUCAGUUACUCAUUGUACUUGUGGCACUGGCCCCUCCUCGUGCUGGCCAAGGCGCAUUUCCCAAAUAACUCGACUCGCCCUUGGUACAUGGAGCCGUACGCGAUGGUCGUUCUGGCGGUCGUGUUGAGCAUCUUGACGCUGUACCUUGUCGAAAACCGCACACGGCGACAUCCAUCGCCCGUCCUCGUGCCCGUACUCGCCGUCUGCAUGGCGAUAUUGGGCAUCAUGGCCGCCGUCGUCUUCAAAUUCCCCACCACGUUUUCGUUGCCUGCCCAGAGCCUGAUGGCGCUUCCAGUCAACGGCGAUUUGAACGGCACAACAACAACGACCACGACCGUGAUCGUGAAUGCCACGACCAACACGACGACUACAGUCACGACCCGAGUUCAUUUGAACUGGAGCAAACCGCCGAGAACGAGCGAUCCAACAGUCGCCAAGAUUCUUGCGGGUAUCGAAGACUGGCGUCCGCUGGACGGGUACGAAGGCUACAAUGAACCGCUCUCGGAAGACAACAUGAAGAUCCUCAAUCGGCAAGGCACACGGCUCCCGACAAUCGUUGUCCUUGGCGAUUCGCAUGCGAACCAGCUCAUGCCUCGGUUCAAGCGGCUACUGGAACUAGCCGUGGCGGCUGACCCGGUCAACGGCGCGGCCAAAUUUCCCGUCAUCGUGUUUCGAUCGGCCAACGCGUCGCCUCCCUUGGCGUGCAAUGGGCGGCACGGUGGCGACCUCGAUCUCUUGCGUGACACCAAACCGAAGGUCGUGUUUUACUCGUCCAACUGGAUCCAGUUCUGGCGUGCGGGGGGUGGCCCUGGUACGACGGCGAGCUUGACCCCCAGGUGCUGCGUCCCUGGGUACCAAGACUCGUGUUCGUACCAAACGUUGGCGGAUGUUCAGGCCAUGGCAAAUACCUUUCAAGCUGAGCUGGCGGGGCUCGUCCAGGCCGGAACAAUGGUGUUUGUAGCCGCCAUCAACCCGGAAGGCCCCGAGUUCAGUGGCCGGAACAUGCUCAACGGCAACAACGUGGGGGCGGUAGCACCCAUUCGUCGGUCAACUUUCCGCCAAACGUUCGCCCCUAUCAUUUCGAUCCUGGAGACGGCCGUCGCCAACGCGAACGCCACCCUGAUCGACUUUUCCGACAACCAGUGCUGGGAAGACGUGUGCCAAGUCGUGUCGAUGGCCGAAGGCGAGCCCGUAUACAAGGACAAGGAUCACAUUCGACCGUACUAUGCGCGAAACUACCUCUCGACAGUGGACGUCGUGGUCGAGGCCGCGAUCGCACCAUAAGACGCUGUCGGCUCGCUGGCUGUUGCGCUGGAAUACACGACCGACGCGCCGUGUUAUCGUACGUGUUGUCAAAAGCAGAGCCAUGCAGUGAUGCGAGCAUUACCAGAUACGAUAUGGAAUAUUAUAUACAUGUUUAUCCCUGGUCGGGAGGGAAUGUGUCGG